AUGAGCACUUUUGAACCAGUUGUCGUUAUUGACGGAAAGGGACACUUAUUGGGUCGUUUGGCAUCCAUCGUUGCCAAGCAACUCUUGAACGGUCAACACGUUGUUGUCGUCCGUGCCGAGGCUUUGAACAUCUCGGGUGAGUUCUUCAGAAACAAGUUGAAGUACCAUGACUACCUGAGAAAGGGAACCAGAUUCAACAAGGACCACGGUCCAUUCCAUUUCAGAGCCCCAUCCCGUAUCUUCUACAAGGCCCUCCGUGGUAUGGUUUCCCACAAGACCGCCAGAGGUAAGGCUGCUUUGGAGAGACUUAAGGUGUUUGAGGGUAUCCCACCACCAUACGACAAGAAGAAGAGAGUCGUUGUCCCACAGGCCCUCAGAGUCCUGAGAUUAAAACCAGGCAGAAAAUACACCACUGUCGGUCAACUGUCGUCUGCUGUUGGCUGGAAGUACGAGAGUGUCGUUGACACCUUGGAGGAGAAGCGUAAGGUCAGAUCUGCUGAAUACUACGCCAAGAAGAAGGCCCUCACCAAGAAGCUGAACGCUGCUAAGGCAUCUGUUGCCGAGAGCGAGGCCUCCGCUGCCUUGGCUGCUCUGGGUUACUAA